GGACAUCCGGGUGCUGGUGGGGACGGACACGCUGCGCGACGGCACCGGCCAGGUGAGGAGCAUCGCCCAGUUCAUCGUCCACCCGGCCUACGACCCGCGGCGCAACGACAACGACUUCAUGCUGCUGCGGCUCGACCGGCCCGUGCGCUUCGGCGGCAGCGUCAAGAAGAUCCGCCUGGCCACCCGGUGCCCCACGGGCGGCAUGAGGUGCAGCGUCUCGGGCUGGGGCACCACCAAGUCCCCUGGAGCCCAGCUGCCCAAGGAGCUGCAGUGCGCCGGCAUCGUGGCCUUCGGGAGGCCGCAGUGCGCCCGGGCCUACGGCAGCUCCAUCACCCCCAACAUGUUCUGCGCCGGCGUCCCCGAGGGCGGCGUCGACUCCUGCCAGGUGAGGGGGGCCGGCCCCACCACGGUUGGGACCUCCAGGUUGACCAAGGGUCUUCACGUUGACCAAGGGCCUCCAGGUUGA